CUGUAAAUCAUAUAAAAUGAAAAUCCCAACCAUUGGAUGCAUUUCAUUCCUUCUUCUUUAUUCCGUUACUAUCAGUGAUUGUAACCAAUAUAAAACAGCACUCGAUAUCCUUAAACAAAACCAUUGCAUAUGUCCUUGUGGUAACCCGAAUGGUGGAAAACUCUACUAUGUUCCAAACGAACGGUUAAACUGGUUCGACGCUGUAGCGAGCUGCAACUCGCUGGGUAUGUCGAUCGCCACAAUACAGGAUACAAUUGAAAAUCAAUCACUUCAGCGUUAUCUGGAGCAGUUACGUCCCAAUCUACGAGUGCCGAGAAGGAGCAAAACUCCGUACUGGAUAGGAGCGAACACGCUUUUAUCCGGGGGAGGACUACGAUGGGGUUUGAGCAAAUUGGAGGCCAAAAGACCCGACUGGGAUACGUCCGCAGAAGAUAGCAACACACGAUCGAGUCCUUAUUGCGUUUAUCUGAAAGGCGACACCAUGAAAUGGAUGGCGAAUGCGUGCGACCGUGAGCAGAGGCAAUUUAUUUGCGAAUAUUAG